AUGUCAACAAACACCUUUUCCUCAACCGGUCAGGAAACUUCUCCUACCACCACUUCUCCUCGACCCUUUAUUUUCAUAGACAAUAGUGACCCAAUACAUCCAAACCAAGUCAUUAAACAUUCAGAGUCAACUCCAAUUAUCAAACUCCCAUUCCCGCCACUCAUCGAUCCCCACGAUAUAAUAGUGAAGAAAUCACGCGGACAAACUACUCCAACUAAACCGCCAAACGCAUUUAUCAUAUACCGUCGCAAAUUCGUAGAAACCGCUCAUUCGGUCGGAUAUAAAAUUCCAAUGACUGUCGUAUCUACAAUGGCAUCGCAGAGCUGGGAUCUCGAACCAACGAACGUAAAGAACGAGUACAAGAGAAUUGCCAAAGAAGCAAAGGAUUUAUACUACAGUCUGUAUCCAAAAGCUACUCCCGCCAAGGCACCAAAAAGAUGGAGAGCCUUUCUCAAGGGUGAAGGAAAGUUUGGAAGAGGGGAAAAAAAUAACAGCGUCGAUUCCAAUUUCAGCGACAAUAGCAAUGGCAACAAUAAUGUCAACAACUAUAAUCAUGUAGAGUAUGUAAGCUCUUCUUUACCACCGUCACCCUCCACAACUCCUAUUGCUACUCCGUUGCCUUCUACCGAUUUUUCUUUAAUCAACAUUUCUCCCAACACAUUUUCCGAGUUUAACUAUCCUCCAAGCUCUCAAUUUGACAUCUUUGGUCUUUCAUGUCUCCCAUCAUAUCCUGACAUUUCAAUAGCACCCGAUUCCAUUAAUAAUAUUGGAAUCUCGCCGGUUACAAGCUUCAUGUCUCCUGACGAAACCCCGGAUUUGUAUGUUCCAGAUAUAAGCGAUAAUACGACCUAUACUAGUAUGGCUAACUGCGAAAAUAUCAAUUUGGGGUGCGAAGAUGUAGGAGAUACAAUGCAAUUGUUAUUGCUUCUAGAUGAAAUGUUACCUAUACAAGUUACAAACCAGGACGGUUAUGAGAGAGAAAUUGGUGGAGUGUAUUUUUGA